CUCCGGAGCUGCGGAUCGUCAUGGUGGGCAAAACCGGCAAUGGGAAAAGUGCGACCGGAAACACCAUUUUGGGGAUGGACGCCUUCCCGUCCCGGGCGGCCUCGACUUCCAUCACGGGCAAGUGCAGAAUGGCCACGCGGAGCUUGCUGGACGGGAGGCGCCUGGCUGUCAUCGACACACCGGGCUUUUUCGAUAACGAGCAGUCGGAGCAGGCGACCUGCGCCAAGAUCAAACGGUGCGUGGAGGUGUGUGUGCCGGGACCCCACGCCAUUGUCCAAGUCAUCCACCUGGCCCAUUUCAGCGGGGAAGAGUUGGAGGUCACCCGGCUCAUCAAAGACAUCUUCAGCCUCAAAGCGAAGGCGUACAUGAUCGUCUUGUUCACCCGCAAAGAAGACCUGGAGGGACGCUCUCUUCACGACCUGCUGUCCUCCAACGAC